CGGAACUCCCAGGUCAGGAUAACAAAUAAAAGCAGUAUCUUUCUCUCUCAGCAUUACAUUUUUUUUCGUCUUCUGUCGUUACUCCUUAUUCAGCAAAAAUGAUGUGUGGAGGAACAUCAGCUGCGCAAACAGCUACGGAUGAAGUCCAAAAAAUUUGUGAUGAGAUGAAGCCGCAUGCAGAGAAGAAAGCCGGAAAGAGUUUUGACACCUUCACAGCGAAAUCGUUCAAGACGCAGGUUGUGGCCGGUACAAACUACUUUAUUAAGGUCCAUGUUGGGGGAGAUGACCAUGUUCACCUGCGGGUGUACAAGACGCUUCCUCAUACAGGAGGAACACUGGAUCUGACAGGCCUGCAGGAUUCCAAAUCCCACCAUGAUCCCAUUGAGUAUUUCUGAUUAAAAGUGAUCUACGUCUUCAAGUAGACCUGAUCCCCUCCAGUGCCUGGUUGUUUCAGUCUGAUUAGUAUGAUUUGUUACAAUAUUAUACCAGUGAUCAUGUUUUCAUCCUAAUUUGUCUAUGCAGAAAUGUAUAUUUAAAAAAAGGUUUCUGCUUCAUAUUCAAACAUGAUUGUGUGUGUAAUCAUAUUAGCAGUUUGAUUGGAUGACACGAUUCUUUUGUAACACAGCCAAUAAAAGAAAUUAAAGAACA